CGGUGUGGUGUAGAGGCAGCCAAGGUGUCGCAACCCUGUAAUGAACAUAAAACACAAGGGAUCAUUCCUGGAUUGACUCAUUUGAUCAAAAAGCAGAAGAAGAAGUUAUAGAAGAGGAAGAGCUGGAGCCAGAGCCUUUGGUCAAAGUCAGUGUAGGGAGGGGAAAGGAAAGUACAACCCCCCCCACCUCACCCCACCUUCCGACCCACACCUCACCCCACCCUCAACCCACUCAUCAUGAGUUUUACUGCUCCUUGUAAAGCACAGCUUCACAGGACAUGAGCAUGUUUUCAGCCGAUCAACACAUUUAGUGUGUUGUGUUUCCAUCAGUAUUCAUUUGUUGUUGUGGUUUUAAUAUUAUUAUUACUAAAUGUCCUUAAAUGAUCCCAAGUUUUUUCAAACGAAAAAUAGUCAAAAAACUGUUAUAGUUGCUGAGAGAGAGAGAGAGAGAGAGAGAGAGAGAGAUGGCUACCUGUUAGAUCCAUCUGCAUUUCCUCUCAUUUCCCCAAUGAUAUGAUUGUGGAUAAUGGAAAAUGUGUGUUCCUGUCCCAGUCCGUGGGUGUUCCAACAUCAUUUACAAGUCUUUCUCUCUACAAUUCAAUUUGUUCCCCAAACCUUCCAGACAGGGAUCCAGGCUGCUUGAAGCUCCAGCCCCAGCUCUGCUGCACCAUGGUCAGCCUCACAUCCAUCCACUGGCCCCUGAUCCUCAUCUCCAUGUUUCUGCUGCAGCUCCGUUCUGCAGACGUGCAGGGAAUUGACUUUGCAUCCCAGAAGCUGCGGCGACUCAACGAACAGUUCCAACAGUUCCGGGCACUGACCCAGACCCGUCUGGACCUGCUGGCACUGAACCAGAGCAGAAACUCUGCGUGGGCCUUGGAGAGUCGUGUUCAGGCCUUGGAGGACCGUUACCAACAAAUGUCGCAAAGUCUGGAGCAGCUGAAUCAGAGCACAGUGGAGAAGAUGGAGAGUCUGAGGGAGUUGAAUAAGAAGCUUGAGAAGAAGUGCAAGCGGAUCGACGGACGGAUGGCUUUGCUGGAGAGAAGCCUCAGGGAAAACCGCCGCCAAAUCCAAAAAGAAAAGCCUGAUCUUGGUCAGGAUUUCUCCAACCUCAGCCAGGAGCUUCAGAGCCAAGAGGAAAGGCUGGCUGCCCUGCAGGCUCAACGGGACGAGCUGCUGGUGGGGCUGAAGGGGCUGCAGGAGUCACUGAAAAACCAGGUGCUGCGUGUCACUCGAGUGGAGGGACAGCUGAGUGAGGUCCUGCACACGAACAGAGGUGGAAACAUGAGGAGCUCGGUGAAGGAAGGAGGACAUCUUGGCUCCAACGUCACUCCACGAGGAUAUUACGAACCGCAGAGUGGAGGACAAACUCACAAAGAAGGCAGGCCUGGAAGGAUUCCGGGGGGAUAUUACCGGCCCAGGACAGAAGGACUCGGUCAAACCAGUCGUCCACACGUUAACCCACACCAAGGAAAAAUAACAAACCAACCUAAACAUUUUAAAGCCCCACCACCAGGACCUCUGCCACGCUCUCGUCAAGAUGAAUACACAAAUCCAAGACCCUUGCCUGACUCCCACCAGCCCCAGUCACAGGUCCAGCUGCAGAGCCGAACCAGACCCUACCCAAUAAGACAGGAACCGCACCAACCUCGCCAAUCUGUCCCUUUUUAUAACCGUCAAACUGAGGCCUCACUGCCAAGGAGACAGGAUCUCAAUCAUUCCUCUCAGUCACGGACUUCAACGCAUCUCGAAUCUAACAGAAAUAGACAAGACAUGAGCCGAACCAGAACUGACUCCCAGGAUGUUCUCCCUCAACGUCCGCCUGCACCGCAUGAGUCCAGGACGAUUAGGUGGAAAGGUGAAGAGGAGGAUAACGGCACCUCCGUGAUCCCUAACUACCUCCAGCUUCCUGUGAGGCACAAGAUUCCAGAACGAACAACUCCUAAAAAAGAUGCAACCAUCUGUAACGUAGACUCCAUGCUGUUCUUCCCGACUGCAUCAUCGGCGAACUACGUCACCAUCUCCCCCACGCUCCCCUUGCUUCCUGAACUUUCCCUGUGCUUGUGGAUCCGUGUGGAGGGCUCCUACGUUGGCACGCUGUUCUCUUAUGCCACCGAAGACAAUGAUAACCAGUUAGUUCUGUAUGGCCGCGACCCUUCUUCCACCUCCCCGUCUACGCCUCACACCUUCUUCUCCUCUUCUCCGUUCUCUUCUUAUCCCCACAACUCCCCCUCUACGCCCUUUCUGGACUUUGUCAUCGGAGACACCGUCUACCGCCGUCUCCCAGUAUCAUCCAUCCUUGACGCCCAGUGGCACCACCUCUGCAUUCUCUGGUCCUCCAUCCAGGGUCGGUUCUGGCACUACAGCGACGCUCGGCUCACUUCUUCAGGCUCCAACUUCAGGAAGGGCUGGGAGAUUCCUGGGGGCGGAUCAGUGGUUCUGGGGCAGGAGCAGGACUCUGUUGGCGGGGAGUUUGAUUCCGCAGAGGGUUUUGCUGGUCAGAUGGCAGGAUUCCGGGUUUGGAGCCGAGUGCUGAGUCCAUCAGAGGUGAAAGGUGUGGCAGAAGGCAAAGGAGUGCCUAGAGGUGUGGUGCUGGGAAUGGAGGAUAUUAAAGAGAUUCAUGGAGGGGUACAGCAUGUGGCAUGUGAAUGUUUAGAGCACUGUGUUUGAGGCUUUGGGAUGAGAAUUUAAAUGUCUGAGAACGAGUCUUCAGGUCAAUUCUUUCAGUAUCUUUGAUUCAAAAGUCUUAUAUAUGUACAGACAUAUCUGUAGUCAUGCUUUACCGAGGUAAUGCUACUGCUGGUAACAAGUCAGUUCUCGAUAAAUUCAUAUUUGCAAGAUUAAAAUAAACAUAGAUUUGCUAUAUUUAGGCCAUUUACUUCAUUCAAAUCUCGGUUCUUAAACUGGUCAUGUUUCUGGGUAAAUGUGAAGAAUGUUUCUUUUCAAUGUUUAAUGGUGCUGCACUUUGUUUAAUUGUAGAGCCAAGCUGUAACAACACAGUGCAUAGCCAAUAUGUCUGUCUUUUGAAUUAUCAGGACAUUGUUAUGAUGAAUAAACUGAUAAUUAUAUUG